AUGCCCUCGUUCUCUUCAUUCGCAGAUCGUAUGUCCGAUUUUGACACUGGACAUGGAUUGUUGGCUCUGGAUGCUCCAAUUGUUAAAAUUCUUGGAUUUUUGGAAGGGAAUAACACGUUUUUUAAACGUGAAUCUCCUCUUGAAUUAUGCGGUGGGUCCUACCUUAACAAAGCGAGUGCUUCAAAUUUUGAAAACGAAGAGUAUGCACAUUUCUUCAAACGCUAUUAUCAAAGGCAUCAUGUCCAAAAUUCACGGAUGUGCUGUGGUCUCUGGGGACAACGAUAG